CGAGACAGCUAGACAGAUACAGAGAUAGAGGUGGAGAGAAAUCGAAUGGAAAGAAAAAAAUAGAAUGAGAGAAAGAAUGAGGAGGCGUGAGAAACCGAUAGAGUGAGAGAGUGUGUAUUGUAUCAGUAUUGUUUAUGAGGAUUAGAUUGAGAGAGAGAGAGAGAGAGAGGGAGAGAGAGAGAUAGAUAGAGAGAGAGAGCGCAAGAGUUCGACAUGAGGCAACACCUGAUAAUAACGUACCUUCUGUCAAUGCUGGGAUGCGUGCAGCCUAAUUCCUUCACUGUCACAGCCUCAGAAGGUGGCACUGCCGAGAUCGACUGUUCUCAUGCAUGGGCACAUGGCAAUAUCAAGUACUUAUGCAGAAACCCCUGUGACUCUGAGAAAGACACUCUCAUCACAUCAGAUACAAAUUUUCAUCCUGCUGCGAAAUACUCGCUGGUUGAUCACGGCUCUGGAAGAUUUACGGUCACAGUUUCCAAUGUGCAACUUUCAGACGAUGGGAUAUACUAUUGUGCGGUGGAGCGAUUCAUCAAGGACACUUUCACGAAAGUGACAUUGAUAGUCAAACCACGAACCACGCCACCUUAUUCCAGCACUACAGUGUCACCAUCUGUGCACUCGUCCUCUACAGUGCAAUCAGCAACCACUGAUGACGACAUGGAAGAUAGCAAAGAGACAUCAGAUGAAGAUAAUGUGGAACAUGGUGCAGAAGAUGCAGAUGAUGAUACCAAUGUGGAUGCCAGGAUGAAUCCAGAAAAUAAGUCAAACGGUAAAUCAGGUGUUCUUGUGUACGUUGGAGCGGGGUUAGGCGUCCUGGUAUUUGUGCUGAUGCUGAGUCUGGUGCUGCUGUACAGAAAGAAGGGUAAAAAGAGUCACGCAACAGGUAACACAUCCAACUCCUGUGACUCAGGGCACAACCAACAGUGUGACUAUACUGACGUCGUCCAUGUCAGCCGUCCCUCUGCCCAACCACCAAUCGCCUCUGACCCCUCCCCUCUAUACUCUAAUGUGACACCCCUGCUGCCCAAUCACAAGACUCGCCGGGUGGUGGGCAGGGUCAAGAGCCAGCAGGAGCCCACAGAGUAUGCUACUGUGAAGUUCCAGAGCCAACCAGCAGAAGGAGUCGUGGCUCAUGAGAGCACUGAGGACUCUCUGCAGUAUGCCGCUGUGAGAUUCCCUGAGCCGAUAGCAGGGGGCGGUGGGGGCGGUGGGGGCUUGGGGAGAGAGGCAGCCAUCAUAUACUCCACCGUCAAUAUGCAGUGACAAUAAGCAAUGCCAUUUUGGGGAAUAUUCUAAGCAACGUGCUCAAUAGUCAGCAGGCGUAGGUCACAUUGAGGUAGUGGUAAAUCAUAACAGAACAGUCUGAAGUAGUACUCAUAUCGUUACCUAAAUGGCACAUGUGGGCUAUCUAUUAGCAGAUUGACCACUUCCUGUAGAUAAACAUAGCCAUGAUCUUGAAAUAACCUGGCCCCCUAUUAGUUUUUCCUGCAGGUUAAACAUGUUUCAUUUUGAAGCAAAGCAGUAGAAACGACUACUGGUUUUAGGUGUAUAACAUUGGCGAGUAUGUAUGUCUGUGCAACAGAAUGCCACUUAUACCGGCUGAAAAUAUAUUGAAGUAAAGUUGUCUGUCAUCAUGUGAAACAGGCCCAUGUAGCCAAAUAGAAUUGUUAAUGGUGUAAUACUUUUGAAAUUACUGCCACCUUGUGGCAAUUUGUAUUACUACGGCCAGGCAAACCUAGGCAUGGCGAUGACUGGACCAGAUAAUACUUGUAAUGAGCACUGUAGCUGUCAUUGAGUUUGACAGCUGUAGACAUAGAGAGAUUUGUAUGAUUGCACAUAUUUAUUAGUCAUAUAAUAUUAAAUUAAUUAUUUGAUGUUGCAUUGUAUGUUGGAUUUCUUAUGGCAGACAGUGCUUUGAAAAAGUAGGUGUGACAAUUAAAUGUGUG